ACUCUGGUUUUCCUUUUAAUUAUAUAUUACGCAGAGUCAUGGAAGACAAGAAGAGAAAGGGAAAAGACGAGGAGAAGGAAGAAAAAGAAGAGAUGAUGAAGAUGGAGGAGUUUUACGCGCUUCUGCGGAGGUUCCGAGACGCGCGUGAUCGGAGACGAAAAGAGUUGCAGGAAUUAGAGAAGAGUGAGAAGAAGAGGAAAGUGCCGACAGAACAACAGAGCGGUUGGGUGCCAUCAUUCGAGUGGGAAGAUUUCACAAACGAGGUUGAAUUCAGAGGACAACCUUUGCGUUUGACAACUCCAUCGACUGCAUCUCCUUCGCCUCGUCUCACUCUCAAAAAACGUAAGAACGACCAACAUCACCUGCACGAUAACUCUCUCGAUCUUAACCUCGCUCUCUAAUAUUACCUCAUCCUUUUUCUUCCAUCAUUUAUUGGCCCUUAACUUCUCCAUGUAUGAAUCUCAAGAUUCUCAAGAUUAUAACCAAGUAUAUAAUAUCCUUUAAAAUGA